AUGUCAGCCCAAGCAGCAGCACCCUCGCAAACCCGCUCACGCGCGUCAUCUCUCUCCCGCUCCGCCAGCGGCCGACCAACCACCCCGCUCCGCCGCAUCUCAACGACUUCCCUCCGCGCACUCUCGCUGUCGCAGUCGCGGUCGAACAAUGCCUCAUACACCGCCCAGCCUCUCUCGCACCUCAGUGCGGUGUUUGCGGAGUUGGCGGACGCGGUCAGCGAUCUGACGGCCAACUUUGAGGAGUUGGAGAGCGUGCAGAAGAGGCUGGACGGGGUCAACGAGAGCUUUGCUGGGUGGUUGUUGGGACUGAGGGCGAACGGAUACACGGUCGAUUUCCUCGAGGCCCCUACGAAGCUGAACUUUGACCUCGCCGCCGAACGCGCCGCCCUCCGCUACGAGCGCGACCAAGCACAAACGCAGCUCCUGCACGAGCAACAUCAAGAACAGCUCCUCGCCGAACAAGAACACCAGCGACAACAGCAGGCCGAAUUGGACGCGGGUGGAGCGGGCGAGCAGACGUUCAUGACGAAUGACGAGGACCAGAGUUUCGUGUCGCAUCAUCCGGGACAUGCCGAGGGAACGAGGGGAGGGACGAGGGGGCGCGGCGGUGCGAGCGUGAGGGGAGGAAGAGGCGGAGCGGCAGGAGUACGAGGAGGUAAGGCGCCGGUCAUGACGAAGAAGCGGAAAGAGGAGAUGGCCGCCUUCGCCGAUCCCAUCUUGCCGCUUCUGCCGAUCGACGUCCGCGAAAAGCGCCGAACCGAAACCGAGCGUGUUCUCUGGUUCCUGCGCGAACGCGGCCAAGCCCGCGCGAGCAUGCAAGACUUGGUCGCCCAUCUCUCGAGCGGCGGACCGACGCAGUCUGUUCCGCAGGUCCGGAUCAACGAGGUGUUGCUGGCGCUGGUGAGGGCGAAGGUGGUAAUCAAGGGUCCUGUCAAGGGCAUCACCUCUUACCGUCUCGAGCCGAACAAAUACCCAGCCUAG